UAUACUUAUUGAAGCCCUGUACAAUGUCCAACACCAUAGCACAAUGGGCUGCCCAUGCUUCUCAAAGCUUCAGCUCUGCACAAGGCCCAGCUGUAGUCGCCUCCAUUCCACUAAACGACCGUCAUUCAGCAUAUCAUACUCUGGUUCAAGCUCUGUCUUCGGUUUCCGACACGGCCAUUUCGACAACCUCUGUCCUCUCUUACGUAUCAGUCCGGAAUGAGACCAAGGAUAUAUUCGCUUCGUUCCUCGUUGCUAUUUUGAAAUACCUCCAAGUCUUCUCAAACUCGAGCCCAGAUGCAGAACGGGCAAUUGAGGCUUUCCGACGGCUCAAUGCUGUACAGAUAGAAGCUAACAGGCUGUAUGGAAUGACCGGGUCUGACGGAGGAUUCAUUCACGCAUUCAUGAACCCAUUCAUGGUCAUGCUUUGUCGUCAUCUCAUACGGACAGCAAAGACAGCUGCCGCUGUCUCUCCACAUCCUCCCCGUUCCAAUCUCUCUUCUCGGUCCAUCCGAGAUACCACUAGACAGACGAUAGAGAAGACAUUUCAAAUCUCCUCUAGCGUCGUGAGCGAGGGAGACUGGGCAGCCAGUACGUCCCACCAGUACCUCGUCGGCGAUAUAGUCUGGCCAUUGGCAAACAUGCUAUGGAGAAUCUACGCAGAGAGAAAACUUCAUACUCAGGCGUCUGGGCUAGCCAAGACACUUGGAUCGCUCACUCCCCCGGAGAACAAGAGAGUCUCUUCUCGUGCUAUGUCACUGCACCAGACAGACUUGUGCGAGAGUUAUUACUGGCGAGGAAAACUCGGAGUGGUGCUCUUGGACAUGCGGAACGCCAAGUUUUGGCUAGACAAGGCAUGGCAGAUGUGUCCAUCAGAUUGUCACCAACAGCAAAGAGCCAUUCUGAUCCGCUUAUUACCCGUCAACUUGCUUCUCGGCUAUUCUCCCACAAUGACACUCUUGCAGCGAUACAAACUGGGCGAUUUCAUGCCCCUGCUCCGAGCUUUUCAAUCAGGCAAUGUCGUCGCUUUCCGACGCGAGCUGCUCAACUGUCGAGAUUGGUAUCGGCAUCGAUCAAUAUGGUUGAUCCUCUACGAACGUGGAGAAAUUCUAGUCUGGCGCAAUCUCUUCAGGCGAGCCCUGAGACUGUACUAUAACCUGAACCCCGAGUCCCCGAAAAACAGGUGCCCAACUUGGGUUUUCCUGGCUGCAUCCCAGCGUGCUUUUGAAGGGUCCAACGAGGUCGAGGUCGGCAACCUAGCUAUAGAGGAUAUCAUCUGCGUCAUGUCAAGCUUGAUCGAUCAGGUGAGCAGAAUGUCCUGCAUGGCAGCCUACUUCGCUGACAUCCCCGCCCAUAGAGUCUCGUCUUGGGAUAUUUAUCUUAUUCCAAUGCUCAACUAGUAAUGAAGCCUUCAGAAGAUGGUAUGGGAGGGUUCCCCAAGCUAACCCAAGUAGUCCCUCGUCACUUUGAGGCCAAUGCAUAGCCAGGAGCAUAUAUGCCUGCCAC